UAGUGUAAUAUAAGCAAUUUAUAGCAGCUCUCAAUGAGGCAAAAGAGGUGGGGUGGGGAAGAAGAGCAUGAAAUCUAAGCGUAUAAAUCAAAUAAAUCUUUACAAAAUAUGAUCCAGCGAUGCAAUAAUUACUGUGUUUCAAACAGCUUUAAAAGGGGUACAAGAGAUCUCUGAUUUCUCAGCAGCUCGUUUGCCUCAAGUUGUUUUGCAGUAAGAGAAAGCUAAGGAUUUUAAAACCAAUCCAAAACAUCUGUCUCCUGAAGAUGAGUAGCGGUUAUUUUGGAGAGCCAAGCCUGGGAAAUGAUAGACGUGGAUCUUCAAGGAAAGGGAAGAAGAAUUCAGAUAAGCCUAAACAGCCACAGAGAGGGCUUGGUGUUGCUCAAUUGGAGAAGAUCAGAUUACAUGGUCAAAUGGGUAGUAAUUAUCAUCCUUCUUUUCACACUCCAUAUUUCAACCAGGAGGAUGUACGAGUACAAACUGCUUAUUCUUCUCUACCAUCACCAUCUUUUUCUUAUUCAUCUCUACCAUCACCAUCUUUUUCUUAUUCAUCAUCUUCAUCAUCCCCAACUUCUUAUGGUUGCCACCCCAGUAUCACGAUGGGGUUAGGCGAGUAUGAAAGACCAAACUUCAUAUAUGGUGAUUUACAGCCUACUUCCACGGCAAGCAGCUGGAAUGCUGGGGGUGGAAUCUUAGAGACCCAACAUUUUAUGCAACCCAGCGUGAAUACCCACCUUCUAAAUCCACAAGAUCCACAGCAAAAGAGGAACAAGAAACACACGAGCAGCUCAAGGGGCUCAAGCAGUCAGAAUUCUGAAUCAAGUGACACUCAAGAAGUAGAUUUGGAGCUCAGACUAUCGAUUUAGCCUAAAAAAUUAAUGGAUUCCAAUUAGAAGAUGAAGAUAAGCUGUUGUUUUGGCCAACAAAUUAUUAAUUUUGGUCAAGUUUAUGAGAGACGGAGCAAGUUAUAAAACAUGAAACAUGUUUUGAGUAUGUGAAAGAAUCUUACAUGAAAUGUUGAAAGGAAGAUUCACUUUCUGCAUAAGACAAUUAAAGUUUCUUCUUGUUAAUGAAUUGUCAAAGAAGUGAGAAAGUCAUAACUCUCCCGUUUAGAAACGAAAAACCUAGCAUCAUUCACUGAA